AAAGAAAAAAAAAGAGAAAGUAUAAAUUUUGUCUUUUUUUCUUAUUCGUCUUCUUAUUCUUAUUCUUCUUAUUCCUCCUGUUUGGUGAACGGAACAGCGUCUUUCGUGUUGACUCCAUCGAAGACAAGAACGGACCAGUCUUACGAACACACGCACGCAUCCUGCAUCCUGCAUACACAUCUACGUACUAACCACGCUCAUAUCUAUAUAUAUAACGCGUGUGUGACAAGGAGGAAGAAAUCUAUGUAGAAGAAGAGAAUUGCCAUCGACGAGAAGUCAGUCAGAAUUGCUAUACGAUGACUCUCUUCUUGGGAAAUAAGGAAAAUGUGACGUGAGAGACCGGUCUCUGAGAUCAUCGACGUCGGCAUACGUGAUUUUUAUAACCUAUCUCUCCUUUAUUCUAUUCUUUAAUCCUUAUUUUUUAUAUAUAUAUAUAUAUAUAAAUAUAUAUUUUUUCCCCUUCCCCCCACCCCCACACUCCUCUCGUAUCCAAGAUACAAAGUCACGCGAACGCGUGGACCAUGCACGCUACCAAAAUGUCAGCACGCGAGUGGUCAACUUUUCGUCUGAUCUCGCGCAGAAUCGCAACUGCAAUCUGUUGGAUCCUGGUGGCGCUAUGCGUCAACGAGGUCGGCGGUCAAUUAUUGGACACGGAAUUUCAACCGACGGUAACGGCGACGUGCAAAGCCGGUUAUAUGACGAUUCGCGUGAAUCUCAACCAGAGCUUCGUAGGUGCGGUUCACGCCAGGGAUUAUCGGAGGCCUCAGUGUAUGGUACCCGGAAAUGGUUCUAAUCACGCCACGCUAGGGAUAAACCUACUUGCAACAAAAGAAGCACCGGAUUAUUGUGGAGUACUCGUUAACAACAAUACGGAAGAACGAUCGGUACCAAUAGCUGUAAGGAUACACAAGACGUUAGAACUUGCCGAUGAUAAAUUUUACGUUAUCACGUGCGGCAAAGCGGGUUUUAAAAAUGCUAAGAACGAAACAUCGUUGGUGUCCUUAAGACUCUUGGACGGUUCUCGUAGAGUUCAAGAAGCUAUUUAUGGUCACAACUAUACCCUAAGAGCAGAAAUCUCUCGUCCGGAUGGAACCUACGGUAUCAGGGUAAAAUCUUGUUUUGCGUUCAACAAAAAAAAUGCUAGCGUACAAUUGAUCGACGAGAGGGGAUGUCCCGUUAAAGCGCGAGUCAUGACGAAAUUUAUAUACGAUCGAAACACCGGGACAGCGGAUGCCACAUUGUUCUCCAUGUUCCGCUUUUCUGACAGUCCACAAGUGCAUUUUCAAUGCGACAUAGCUGUUUGCAGAGGAAGUUGUGGAACUCCGAUAUGCGAUGAUGACAAGGACGAAGGAAUAAAAGGAGGCACUUCUUCUAUCAGUGGACAAAACGUAGUCGGUGAAGAAGGAAUCCUACUUGCCGGUACUAGCGUUUAUGUUCUCGAUCCAGGAGAAAAACCUAUGGUGCAAGCUUCCUACGAAGAGGGCAGUAUCCAUCCGUUAUGGUUGUUGUGGUUGGCAGUAGCACUAGGAAUCUUGUUUUUAAUAAUGCUAAUCAUUAACAUAUUCCUAUGCUCGGCUAUGACCUGUAGCUGUUCUCAAACCGACAUUAUCGAAAAGGAGCCAUCGAUUGAAGAUUACGAUCCUUACCGUAGCUGGCACGGUUCUCAAUACGGGUCGAGAUAUUCGUUAAACGGCAAACAAGGAUACGCUUCUGGUGGUUCAACGAUGAAUUCAACAAGGUCGAUAUCAACUAACAGCGAUCAUUAUGCUAUAGUUCAUUCUCGUCCUGGUAGCAGAUUUUCUGGUCCUGGACAAAAGCAACAUCAUCAUCAUCAUCACAGAGGUCCACCAUCGAAUAUGGGCUCACAUUAUUCUGGAAAAUAAUGCUCACGAUUGUUUUAAUUAAUUUCAUUACUUCGAUGAUUGAUACGUUUUAUGUUCGUUCAUUGAUUCACUUUUAAUAGAACAUUUUUCUUCUUCUUCUUCUUUUUCUUCUAUUCUUUAGAAGAAAUCGACAGCUGAUGAACAGAUACUUAAACGCCGAAAACAAAUAAAUAUAAUAUUAACAUUUAGUAUACUUUUAUAUAAUAGAUUAAGUAUCAUAUAUAGUUGCUAAUUCAUCCAUAGUACUGUUGUGUACGUCAUUUUUUUUUUUUUUAAGUAAUUCUCUAUAUUACUAAACGUCUCUACGAUUGUUCUCUUGUCAACUCUUGUCAACUCUUACGAAUAUGUUCAUUUAGUUAACGAAUAUUUUUUCAUUCUUUCAUUCUCCUUCUUCUUCUUUUUCUUCUUCUUGUUUUUUUUUUUUUCAAAUGCGAUUUUAGUUAUCGUUUACGAAAACCUAUCGUUUUCGUAGCAAGUUGCAUGUAUUGUAUUAUAUAACAGUCAUAAAGAGUAUAGUCAAACUUAGCAAUAAUAUUUCUUUUGUCGCAAUAUUAACUCUAAUUAAGCAACGACGAGUGAAUGCUUAUUGUAAAUAAUAUCAUGAAACGUAAUGCAUAUAACAAUAUCGUUGAUCGUUAGUAGCAUUUAAAAUUUUUCAAACAACACGAUAUAUCAAAAAAAAGAGAACAAUAUAAUCUUGUAUUAAUAAGUAUUUUUAUAUCGAUAAUCGUGUAAUACGCUAAUUAAAAUUGUUUUCUACAUGUACGUACGUAUGCAUGCCGACUGUUGUUAUUACUUAUACUAAAAAUUAAUGUCGUAAUAAUUAGACGAUAUUUUUUAAUGAACGAAUGUGUGAUAAAUGACACAUUACUUGCAAACUAUUUUAUACUUUGUACUUGUGAAAAAUCAAUCAAAAAAAGAAAAAAAUAUAAUAAACUUUAUAGAAACUAA